UGCACAUCCGCUUCCGCUGAAGUCGUGUCUAUGUGACCGGGUUACAAAUGACCGAUUAUGUAGGCUACAUAGCGGAGAUGCCCAGACCAUCACCACCAUCACCGCUUCCUCCUCCUGCUGCUGUUCCUGCUCCUGAAGCCUGGUGCCGGUGUGUGUUCACCUUCAGCGCGUCACAGCGCGCGGACACCGGAGAUCAGCUCGACAUGACGACAAACAGCCUCACACACCUGGAGGAAAUACGCACCCCGUUUCGGAUGAAAAAAAAACCCCUAUUAGCACUUUGCACCUUCGGAGUUUAUGGAUUCGUUCCGACGUUUAAGAGAGGAAGUUUAAUAAGUCUCUCAGCUCGCAUCUGAUUAAAAAUAAACAGAGGAAAUGAUGAUAAAGUGAGGACGUGACACGUUCGGAUCGCAUUUGAACAGAACGCAUCGAAGAUGACGCGCAGUCUCCUGGACGCUUAAGUUUGAUUCCUGUCGCUGUGAGCGCCUGCAUGCCGCAUAGACACCGGCUCAGCGUGCUUCUGUGUGUGUGUGUGUGUGUGUGUGUGUGUGUGUGUGUGUGUAACAGGGGCGUGUUACAGCUGCAUAUUGCGUAACUACAGUUCCAAGACUUUUUUCUCGGUCUUCUCAGCCUCCUAGUUUCACGCCGGUGGAUGCUCACGUGCAGGAGCAGGACAUACAGUACAAAUACACACUGACAUCAUGUCACUGCUCCAUCCAGACUGGUAGCUGGGAUGUUAUUCAUUGCAGAGACUGUAGUGUGAAACCGAAAGUUGAUGCUCGGGACCCCUGAUAAUGAUGAUGAUGCACAUGCAGAGGCCUGUCGCCUGCACACCUUCUCUGCUUGUGCUCUAGGAUGUUGCGGCAAGCGGUGCAAGAGGGGCUGCGGGCGUCCUUCCACAAGCUGGGCCACUUUGUCGCCAACCACCCAGUGUUCUUUGCCUCGGCGCCCGUGCUCCUCUCAGUGCUGCUCGGUGCCAGUUUCAGUAGGUACCGCAUUGAGGAGGAAGUGGAGCAUCUGCUCGCCCCCAAACACAGCCUGGCGAAGAUUGAGGGCAACCUGGUGGACAGCCUGUUCCCCAUUAACCGCUCCAAACACACGCUCUACUCAGACCUGCAGACUCCGGGCAGGUACGGGCGGGUAAUUGUGACCUCUCGCAGGGGCAGCAUGCUCGAACCUCACCACGUUGACCUUGUCCUGAAGCUUCACAGUGCCAUCACCCACAUACAGGUUCCUAUGCUGGGCUUCAACUAUACCUUCGCUCACCUCUGCCUGCUGGACGAUAGCAAGAACUGCAUCGUAGAUGACAUCCUGCGAGUUCUGGAGGAAAUGCGAACAGCACGUACCUCCAACCGGACCGUUCUGCCACUGCGCUACCCCAUCACACAGCUCAAGGAUGGGCGAGAGGCCUACAUUGGACACCAACUUGGCGGGGUUCAGACAGUGGGCAGCGGUGGAGAAGGCGUCCGUGCAGCCCGCGCUCUCCAGCUUACGUACUACCUGCAGGUCUCCAGCGCGUUGAACGAGGUGGUGGCGGCUCGCUGGGAGCUGCUCUUUUGCCGCGAGUUGGAGAGCUUCAGCGCAGCACAUCCCGAGCUGGGGGUCUACCCGUUCACCUCGUCCUCUCUGCAGAAGGACUUUCAGAGGACGAGCCGUGUAUCUGAACGUCCGCUGCUCUUUAGCCUGGCUGCAUGCCUCUCGCUCGCUGUGCUUUGCUCUUCUAUGAGAGACUGCGUACGCACCAAACCCUGGCUGGGAAUCCUGGCGCUGGUCACAGUCAGCCUCGCGACACUCACCUCCGCCGGGAUCUUCAACCUCACUGGAGGGAAAUACAACUCGACGUACCUCGGCAUUCCUUUUAUCAUGCUAGGUCAUGGCUUGUUUGGCAUGUUUGAGAUGCUGUCUUCGUGGCGACGGACCCGUGAGGACCAGCAUGUAAAAGAGCGAGUGGCUGCUGUAUUCUCUGACUGCAUGCUUCCGUUCACAGCCAGCACCGCCCUUCACCUGGUCACCUUUGGCAUCGGCGCCAGCCCCUUCACCAACAUCGAGGCUGUGCGCCUCUUCUGCCACAUUGCCUGCAUUUCCAUCCUCUUUAACUACCUCUACAUCCUCACCUUCUAUGGGUCCAACCUGGUUUUUGCAGGUUACCUUGAAAACAACUAUCGCCACAGCCUAUUCUGCAGGCGAGUCCCCAAGCCUGAUUUACUGCAGCAAAAGCCAGCGUGGUAUCGCUUCCUGAUGUACACGCAUUACAACGAGGAAGCGUCUGAACCUGCUGACCUUCAUGUCUAUGAGAACCAUCUCCUGGUGGCCUUCAUGAAGCGCUACUAUUGUGACUGGAUCACCAACACUUAUGUCAAACCCUUUGUAGUGCUUUUUUAUUUAGUAUACAUCUCCUUUGCGUUGAUGGGCUACUUACAGGUGAGCGAAGGCUCAGAUCUCAGUAAUGUUGUCGCAACAGAGACCAGCACCAUUGCCUACACCCGGGCACAACAGCGAUACUUCAGCAGUUACAGCCCUGUAAUUGGCUUCUACAUCUAUGAAUCUAUCGAGUACUGGAACACCAGUGUGCAGGAGGACCUCCUCGAGUACACCAAAGGGUUUGAGCGGAUCUCCUGGUUCGAGAGUUACCUAAACUACCUGCAUGGUCUGAACAUCACGACCAGCCUUUCGCGCAGGAACUUCACCGAUUACCUUCGUUCAGGAUUCCUCCGCCAGCCCCGCUACCUCCAUUUUUCAGAUGACAUCAUAUUUGCCAAGCGGGCUGAUGGAGAGUUUGACGUAGUGGCUUCCCGGAUGUUCCUGGCGGCCAAGACGACAGAGAACAAGCGAGAGGAGAUGUCUAUUUUGUUAGACACACUGCGCAAACUCUCGCUGACCUCCAGGGUGAAGUUCAUAAUCUUCAACCCUUCUUUUGUGUACAUGGACCGUUAUGCAUCAUCAGUGGGUGCGCCAUUGAAGAACUCGUGCAUUGCUGCUUUGUUCUUGCUCUUUUUUUCUAGCUUCCUGGCUACAGACCCUUUGGUGAACGCCUGGAUAACUGUGACGGUGGCCUCUGUGGAAUUUGGUGUGGUGGGAUUUAUGACCCUGUGGCAAGUGGAGUUAGACUGUGUGUCGGUGCUGUGCCUCAUUUAUGGGGUGAACUAUGCCGUGGACUCGAGUGUGCCUCUAGUGUCAGCCUUUGCUCUGGGACGGGAAUCGACACGUACGCGAUGGGUGAAGGUGUCACUGGAGCGGCACGGGGUCCCUGCCCUGCAGAGCUACAUGUGUUAUGGUGCGGCGUUGUUGCCUUUAGCGGCGGUUCCGUCCAACCUUACUCACACACUAUUCAGGUGUUUUUUCCUCACUGCCCUCAUCACUGCUUUCCACUGCCUUGCUAUCCUUCCAGUCCUUCUGACAUUCUUGCCUCCAUCCAAGAAAAAGCGAAGGGAAAGGAAAAACAUGGCUGAGCACCGAGAAGAGAUCGAAUGCGUCGAGAUGGCAGACAGCACCCGAGUGGUCGAUCAGAUUACCACCGUCUGAACAA